GCGCUUAUUCCGUCAAACUCUCCUCCUCAACCUCUUCUUCUCCUCCUUUUUCUUCCUUUAUUUUUAUUCUCACAUUUUCUCUAUUUUCUCUCUCCUCCAUUUUUUCCCCCACUUUCUCUCUCCUCACUUCUCUCUCCUUCGCCGGGAUCUUUUUCCUUUACCGGCGUCACCCGAUUUCUAGGGUUUUCCCCCAAUUCAAUUUCCCCUAUAAUAUUACUCAUAAUUAUUGAUUUUAAUUAGGUUUUGUUGAUUUACAUUUUUCUGGAUCUGCAGUUGUAGAAGAACAAUUCAAUUUGGGAAUUAAAUUUGGUAGAAAUUCAAAGUAAAGCCCGAUUUCGAUGUCAUCGGCAAUAAUUACAUCAUCAUCACCUUCAUCUCUUACAUCAUACUGGUGUUACAGAUGCAAUCGAUUUGUUAGGGUUUCACCGAAUCCAAUUUCUCUCUCCUCCGCCAUUUCUUGCCCUGAUUGUCACGGCGGUUUCCUCGAAGAAAUCGACUCGCCGCCGGCACCGCCGCCGCCGCUUCCGUCUCAGCUUUCCUCCUCUCCUCUCGCCGACUCCCGACGACGUCGUUUUCCGGCUGCAGCGAUGUAUAUGGUCGGAGGAAACCCUAAUUCGAACUCGAACUCUGCUUCAUCUCGUGAAUCUCUCUCCUCUAGCCCUAGACUUCGCCGGAGUCGGAGAAAUGGUGGUGACCGGUCACCGUUUAAUCCGGUAAUCGUUUUGCGGGCCCCAUCGGAAUCAGAUGCCGCUGCUGCUGCUGGUGGAGGGAGUUACGAGCUUUACUAUGAUGAUGGUGGAGGAUCUGGUCUUCGGCCUUUACCUGCUAGUGUAUCGGAGUUUUUGCUGGGUUCGGGUUUUGAUCGGUUGUUAGAUCAGCUGGCUCAAAUUGAGAUCAAUGGGAUUGGUAGAGCAGAACAACCGCCGGCUUCGAAAGCGGCUAUCGAAUCAAUGCCUACGAUUGAGAUCGUUGAUGAGCAUAUUGAAGGGGAGUGUUAUUGCGCGGUUUGUAAGGAUGCAUUUGAGCUUGGUUCAGAAGCAAGAGAGAUGCCCUGUAAGCAUAUCUAUCACCAUGAUUGUAUAUUGCCAUGGUUGUCUUUGAGAAAUUCAUGUCCUGUUUGUAGGCACGAGUUGCCCUCUGAUAACAGGGUUGAUUCGCACUCGCAUGCGCACUCGCCUGAGUUGAACCCGGGCCAAACUGGUAGUAAUAAUACUAGUAAUAUUAACAAUAACAGUAAUGGUCAAGGUGGUUUGGUUGAGGGGAAUGAGGAUGAGACUGUUGGGUUGACGAUUUGGAGGUUGCCCGGUGGCGGGUUCGCUGUGGGGAGGUUUGCAGGUGGGAGGAGAGGUGAGAGGGAGUUGCCUGUGGUUUAUACAGAAAUGGAUGGUGGGUUUAAUCAAGGAGGUGUGCCAAGGAGGAUUUCCUGGGGUUCUAGAGGUGGGAGGUCAAGGGAAAGUGGUGGAAUUCGAAGGGUUUUCAGGAACUUGUUCUCUUGUUUUGGUGGAGGGGAUAGGAAUCAAUCACCAUUGGAAGAUUCUACUAGCUCGAGCUCGGAUUCAAGGAUUAAUAGCCAGAGGAGUCGAGCUACUUCGUUUUUUAGCGCCUCUUCGAGGACACGAAGCAGGGGUUUCGAUAUGGGGAGUCGGAUAAGAAGAUGGUGAUGUCGAAAAGGUUGGAAUUUGGAAAAGGAAUGAAGAUGGGAUUAGAUUGGGGGGUUGGAUUUUGUACAUAAAACAUGGGAGUGAUGAAGGAGAGUUGGAAGAUUGAUUAGUAGACAAAGUGUAUAUAGGAAAAGGGGGAAAAGAGAGGUUUAGAAGAAGAACAAGGAAGUGGAAACCUUGGAGAAGUAUAUGCAAUGGCAAUAUGAAUUGCAUACUUGGUUGAAAUGUAUUGUAGUGUAAUCCAAUAUAAUCUGUUUAUUUUCAUCAAUUCUAAGGUACCCUUUUUUGAUAAGUUGUAUUUAGUUGUUUGAAACUUAUUAAUCAUUUAUCUUGAAUCAAUUUUUUGUUUAGAAAGAAUCAAAAUUAGUUCAAUAAUAUGUGUUCAUUGUUAAGAUAUUA